CGGAGCUGAUUGUGCUUCCACAAUGCUUACAUCUAACGCAAGCAUGGCCGCAUUAAUCUCCGUCACCGCUACCCUCCAAUCGAUGACAUGGCUCGUAUGUGCUUACACCACUUGUCACCCCUCAUACAACCUUUUAUCUUUCCAAAAUUACUUUUCUUUCCUUACAAAACACCGAUUUCUUUGACAAUUUUCUUUCCAAAAUUGCUUAACCAACUCCCACAGCACAAGCCCAACCGCCGCCCAAAACCCAAGACUUUCCCUUUUUCCACCGCCAUGGAUCCACCUCCCACCACCCCUAAGCUACGUCUAAUGUGUAGCCACGGCGGCCACAUAAUCCCACGCCCACAGACCAAAGCCCUUUACUACGCCGGCGGUGAAAACCGCAUCAUCACUUUCCCCACCACCACCACCACCACCACCGCCACCCUUACUCUUUCUUCUCUCACCACCCACCUUUCUACCGUCCUCCACGUCGCCACCCCGUUUGUUCUCAAAUACCAACUUCCUGGUCACGACCUCGACUCACUCAUUUCCAUCUCAACUGAUGAUGAUCUUCAAAUCAUGUUAGAAGAGCAUAGCAGACUUUCUUCUAAUACUGCUACUCCUUCACGUAUCAGACUAUUUCUUUUUCCAGUUGUCAAUGGCGGUAACGCUGAGUUGAGUCAUCCCAAAAGGGAGAGUUGGUUUAUUGAUGCUUUGAGGAGUGCAAGAGUGGGAUUUGGAGGGGAAAGUGGUGAACAAGCUGAGUCUAUUGUUUUGGAAACUUCUUCUUUUGGCUCUACUUCUUCUUCGCUUUCUUUGUCCAAUUUGCCUCCAAUCAAACCCUCAUCAGAUUCAAUACCAAGUGAUGAUUGUGUUGGGAGUGCUGUUCCUAGUGUGCAGACUGGAACUUGUCAAGACCAAGUUUGCCCCAUUGCUGCAAUAGAUAAUAAAGUCUCAUUGAACCCUUUUGAAUCAGACAAGAAAAUUGCUGAUCCUUCCUUUGGGAUUGAGAUGCAUAAACCAAUUCAGGCGUCUGGGUUUCCAUUAAAUCUGAUGGAUCUACCUCAGCAGCCAAAACUAUUUAUUCGCGAGGGUACCCAUUACGUGCCGCAAAAUAUGCCUGGAAUACAGCCAGUUACAUCAUAUUACCCUAUGUAUCAUCCGGUGCUGCAGCAACAACAUCUCUAUUAUCAGACCAAUCAACCCUACCCACUGUAUUACUUUCCUGUUGCCCCAACUCAAUCUUACAAUAUACCUGUGGAGCAUGGUAUGAUUCAGGCAUCUAGUAUUGGCUCUGGUCAGCCCCAAACUCAACCAAAUGCUUCGUGGAUUCCAACUCAAAUGGUUCUCAAGGAGGUUGCAACGGUAACUCAACCUGUAGCUGAGUUAACCUCACAACAAUGCAAAAACAUUCCAGCAGCACAUCCAGUUAUUCGUGCACCACAUACCGAAACAGAAACAAUGCUUGCAGGUGCUCAAAUUCAGCACCAACCUCAAUCAUUUGGUGUUGCUGCUGGUGAAACAGCCAAUUACACUAACAAAGUUGAUGAUGACCCUGCUCGUGUACAAAUAUACAAAUCUCAGCCUCCACCCCCAAUGUUGCCUUCAAAGUACCAAACCAUGACCAAAGCCACAACAUUACUUUUGUCUGAGGCUCUGGCAAAGUUACAUACAAUCAAUGCUGAGCAACAGAUCAGAACAUCAGAACCACAAUGAUUCGUUCUCCAACAGGGAAAACAAUUUUGGUAGUGGUGUCUUGGUAACUUUUGGUCGUUCUACCUUGGUUCUGAUUUUGGUAGUGGUAUGUGUAACCUGCCUGCCAUCUAAAUAGACAAUAUGGUGUUUCUUCUUUUAACUUACUUGUUUUGUUCCUUUUUUUGUUUGUUUGAUUUGUUUAUUUGUUUUUCUCGAAUGUUCUUGAGAUUAUAGUAUUCCACACAAAGUGUUGUAUGGUUGAAUUGUCUCUCCUGAUCUUGGUUUUGUUAGUAAAUGAGGGUGCACUCAUCCCUUUUCUGAAAAAUAGAACCUUUGGUUAUGUAAUCUUACUAAUGGAAUGAGGCUUUUCAUUAUGGAUGUUGAAUAUUUGCCUAUCUCUUUUCUAAAAGCACAAAUAGAUACUUCUGACUGUAAAGAGAAAGCAAAAGGGAUAUUUUUUGUCUAUAUGUUGUUAACUAUUCAAAUUACAAUCAUUAUAGGUGUAGAGUUUAUUACAGUUCCACUCUUGGUGCAAAUAGUUACCCCUAUCUAUGUUUAUUGCUUGCUAAAACUGCGAUUAGUUGCAUAUGAGGACUACCAACCCUACAUCUGCCAUGAUUUUGACAGUUAUUCUUGUCUUUUUGAUUGUGGGUCUACAGCUGUGUGUUUUCAUCAUUUUGGCAAACACUCAUCUUGGCUGGAAUCUUCUGGAAAUGGGAACCAGGCAACCCAUUUUCUUGCCAUCUGCAUUUGCUGCUUUCACCACUAAACCUCUUGAUGAAAGAGGUCCUUCUUGUUGAACAUUAAUUUUAAUAUUUCUUUCUCAACCACAUGUCCUCUUGUAGCCAAAACUUAAAUCCUUGAUGCAAAGAAGGUUUUUUUUCAAUGUUUAAGUAACCAAAACUGGUUCCAUUGAUAUUUGACUCCUUUAGAUUUAUUAUAUAACUUUUCUUCAAAUUAACUAUUGUUGUUUCUGUAACAGUUGAGACUGGACAUAUUAGUAGGUAUUCUUUCCAUACCAUGUUUUUAACCUUUCAUAAUUCGCCAGCCUUAACACUGU